GCAUUUCCGCUGGAGUACAUGUGAGCAUCAUGUCGCAAAGUCCUGCGCAGAAGAAGAGGAUGUUGUCGAAAGAGGGCGACGACAAAGUCGAUUGGAAGAAAUUGCAAGCGAAACGGAAGGAGGAGAAAAGGAAGCGCAAGGAUGCCAAGGUCCUAAAACAGUUGGAAAAGCAAAGGAGGAAGGAGGAGGAGACGAAAGAGCAGCUGCGUCAGGAGUCGGAGCGGAAGGAAAAAGGUGAUGUCACUAGGAUGUCGCUAGUCACUAGCAACCAUUACAUAAAACACAUUAUCAAGACAAAGUCUUUCCCAUGACAAUCCCUUUCUGACA